AUGCUACUGCGCUUCCUGUCUGCGACAGGCGCCCUCUGCCUAAGCAGCUGUGCUGCCCUCUCGCUCCCUCCCUCUCCCUCCUCCCCAACCCCGGACAUCGACCUCGACGUCGUCCCCCAACCCCCAACCAGCCACAUCCUCUCCCACUUCCGCCAGAUCAAAGUCCCCUGCGCCGAAUGCUCGUUUACCGAUUCCUGCGACGGCAGUAGCGGCAGCAAUAGCUACCUAACCCUCUCCUUCACAACCGAAAACACCACCCUGCUCGCAAACGAUGACCCCAUCUUCCCGUCCACCGUGCCCAUGCAAUUCCACGCCCUGCGCCACUGGGCCGCCGGCCAACAGGCCGUGCUCCUCGCCUACGCCCUGGACGCGCGCCCGCUGCCGCCCACCCCCGGCGCCCUCCUCGGCGACAUCUUCCUGCUCAAGCUGAAGCUGUUCGAUCUGCACGGCCGUCCGGCCUCCGACCACCUCGUCUCCAUCAGUCUGGCCAAAGACACCGCCGGCGACCUGCUCAUUUCCGACAUCGAGUCGGUGCCGUUCCAUGGCCGCGGGGGCGGCGGACACCGCCGGCCGCGGCCGUCGUGGCUCGCCCGGCUGGGCGAGAGUCUCGAGGCGGUUAAAUCCGCCGCGCAGAGCUGCUGGGAGGAUGCCCCUCCUGCUGCGGGCAACGACAGAGCCACUGGUACUGCGCAUGGCGCCGUCAUGGACGCCCACCGCACCAUGGCGCCGAACCCGAAUCCCCACCGACCGGGCGGAUAUCGGCCGCCGUACUGGAUGGGCCGGGGCGGCAGCGGCAACGGGGCGAAGAUGCUGCAGCCGGUGGUGCUGCCGGCGUUGCUGGGGGUGAUUGCCGGGAUUGUGGCGUGUUUGACGGGGUUUAUCGUUGGGCGGACGGUGAUUGCGGUGUAUUACUGUUUCCGUGGGGCGGGCAGACGGCGUGGAGGUGAACGCGCUGUUGUGCCGGCUGACGGGGUGGCGGAUGAGAAGGAGAGGUUGAUGGAGGAGAUGGAUGAUGAGUCGAGGUAA